CAUUCGUACAUUUCUCACACCACACCUCAUCUGUCCCAUCAAUCAUUAUUAUUUAACGCUGCAAUUUUUGUACCAUUCAAGUCAGAUAAACGGAUCAUUUUAAGCAUAAAACAAAACAAGCAUAUCAACUAACUAAUUUUUAUCGCGAAUCAUCAGUAUAAAUUAUUUGAGCACAAAGUCAAAAAUUUCAUUUAGUUUGGUUAAGCCGAGGGAGGAUUAAGUACAAACUAAUUUCCAAAUAUUUCUAAGUAUUUGUUAUUUGUGGAAAUAUGAAGUUUUUGCUGCUCUUGUGCAUGUUUGUGACCAUUGCUUAUGGUCAGCGAGAACCUGGUGCGAUCUGGAUCCCUAGUCCUCACUUUGGAUCUCGAGGAUCCUACAGUGCGAAAUGGUUGGUUGUUCACGGAACUGCCGGAGGUUCAAGUGCGGAAGCAAUAGGAGAAUGGUUUCAAAACCCUGCAUCGCAAGCAGCAACACAUUACGUGAUAGGUCAAAAUGGUGCAGUUGUUCAGUGCGUUGACGAGAGUGAAAGUGCAUGGGGAAACGGGCGCGUUGAAGCAGGAGCUGAUGAUUGGUGGUCUGCCAGCAGCCCAAGUCCAAACCAAGUGACCAUUUCCAUCGAACAUGUCAAGCCCAGCACUGACAAUUCUGACCUCAUCACCGCAGCCCAGGCGGCAGCAUCAUUCAAUCUAAUCAAAAAUAUCAUAGCAAGACAUCCAGGUAUUCGGAUGGCUUAUGCAAAUACUGCUGGUGGAAUUACAGGCCAUUUCUCAAUGAGCCCCCAAUCGAGGGAGCGAUGCCCAGGCCCAUACCCUUGGGAACAAUUGUUCAAUGAUCUGAACGGUUCAGGUCAGCCGACUUGCAUGGGAACCGUAACGGCCGACACUCUUAACAUCAGAACUGCACCCAAUUCCGGAAGUAUCAUUGUUGGUUCCGUCCCCAUGCACCGUGUGCUCAACAUGAGGGCAAAAGUUGCAGGAGAAAGCAUCAAUGGAAAUCCCGACUGGUAUCAGCUCCAUGAUGGUUCAGGAUACGUUUCUGGGUACUACAUUAAUGUGCACAUUAGCCAGCCGGCAUGGUGCUAAUUAGGUGACAGUUAAAAAUUACAUGGGAAAAAAUUGACAUUUUGAUUCAUUACAAUUGUAUAAACAAAUUAGGAUUCCACUUUACCUACAUUGUCCUGAUUUAAUGUAACUAAUAAAGUGUAGUUUAAUUGAAAUCACCAAAA